AUAAUAUAUCAAAUAUCAGUGCCCUUAUUUCACAACUUGACUUAAGUGGGUUGGGUCUCUUGGUCAAAUUUUUACUGGAAAUUUCAGAGGUCGACUUCAUUAACCAUAAUUCGUAUAAAAUCCCACAUACCAUUGCAUAUGUUUUUGCUUCUCCAAAACUUGUGAUUGAUUAGCUUUAUGCAAAUUCCAUUUUCUAGAGAGAGAAAGAGGAGAGAGAGAGAGAUGGAUAAAGCAAUGAACAGACAGAGGGUUCUGCAGCAUUUGAGACCCAAUUCUUCUGUUUCUUCUUCCAGUUAUGAAUCUGCUGCUCUUUCUCUGGAGAUAGUGCUGCCUACCAUAGAACAGCUGCUUUUGGAGACGAUGUAGUGAUUGUGGCUUGAGUGAUUCAAACUGACUGAUAAAGUUAUUUAAUUUUUGCUACUUUUUGUGUCUUUGUAUAAAAUUUAUAGCAAAGUUUAUAACUUUAUAGCUUUUCUGUAUUAAAUCUUGCUGUAAAAUCAUGUUAAAUAGAGCGUAUCGGACUGCCAUUUCCAGGCAAAGCAAGGCGGUUUUAAGGAUACUUUACCUGAUGCUUUACUGGCACCUGUUUUAAAGUAGAGUGUUGAUGCUUUGCACGAUGAUGUUGGGAGGAAUGAUUGCUUCCGAACCAAAUGCCAAAGAGAAAGGAGUCUCAUUGGUCGCUCAUCUUUUGGUGGUGCGAUAUGCCCAUAAACAUCCGGGGAGUUCAUUUGGCCAUUUUCCCUUUUUGUCGGUGAGGGAUUUCUUGAGGCAGUCGAGGAUCGUCUUGUUUGAUGUUUGGAGGCCUUUUUUUGUAUUAACUUUAGCUUAUAGUGUUAUGGUUCCCAUCAGAACAGUCAACAGGCAAUGUUCAUCAGGCCUUGAGGCAGUUGCUGAUGUAGCUGCUUCUAUAAAAGCAGGAUAUUAUGAUAUCAGUGAGAAAAUACUCUUGAUUAUCCAUCUAUUCUAGCUGCUAGGUGUUCUCCAUCAGUGGACUUGAUCUUUAUUUUGAAUACGGGCAUUGCUGCUGGAUUGGAGUCCAGGACGGUUGAUAAACUUGACAGAUUCCGUAAAAUUAACCCUAAAGUGGAUAUCUUUGCACAAGCCCACAACUGCCUUCUUGCUGUGGGCAUUACUUCUGAAAAUGUUGCCCAACGUUAUGGUGUGACUCAGAAGGAGCAGGACAGAGCUGCUGCGAGUUUUUUUAUCUGUUAUAACAUCUAUUAACUGUUGGAUAAACCGGUAAUGCUGAAGCUGUAAUUUAAUGAAUUAUGUGAGUAGGUUGAAUCACAUAGGCAUGCUGCUGCAGCUUCCGCAUCUGGUAAAUUCAAAGAUGAAAUUGUCCCUGUAUCAACUAAGAUAAGUAUAAAAAUGUUCCCCGUUUAGUUUGUGGAAAGUCUUAGCAUAAGUACAAUUGUAUUUAUUUUCUUGUAAUUGGUUAUUUGUAUCAUCAGAUUGUGUACCCAAAUACCGGAGAGGAGAGGCCUGUUACAAUUUCUGUGGAUAAUGGUAUCCGACCAAAUACAAACAUGAACGAUUUGGCAAAACUAAAGCCUGCAUUUAAACGAGAUGGUUCUACAACUGCAGGAAAUGCUAGCCAGGUGAGUGAUGAUGCUGGAGCAGUCCUCCUCAUGAAAAGAAGUUUAACUAUGCAGAAGGGACUUCCUAUUCUUGGUGUUUUCGGGAGUUUUGCUGCCAUUGGUGUGGAUCCCGCUGUCAUGGGAGUAGGUCCAGCUGCUGCAAUUCCUGUAGCAGUGAAAUCUGCUGGUCUUGAGCUUGAUGAUAUUGAUCUGUUUGAGAUAAAUGAGGCAUUUGCAUCUCAAUAUGUUUGUUGUUGCAAGAAAUUGGAGCUUGAUCCUGAAAAAGUCAAUGCUAAUGGAGGCGCUAUUGCUCUAGGCCAUUUAGGCGCUACAGGUGCUCGUUGUGUAGCAACUGUCCUGAAUGAAAUGAAGCGUCGUGGCAGGGAUCACAGCUUUGGUGUUACCUCCAUGUGCAUAGGCUCAGGUAUGGAGGCUGCUGCAGUUUUUGAAAGAGGGGAUUCAGUUGAUGAGCUAUGCAACGCUAGAACUGUAUAAAGCAACAAUCUUGUGUCAAACGAUGCUAAAUAAACACUUGUUUAAAGCAACAAUCUUGCAGGUUUCUUCCUGUUAUGCUUUUUAUAUUAUGGACUUUGUCUCGUUAAUUGUC